AUGGCAACGCAAGCUCAAGCUGCUAGCUCGCGCACAGAGCGACAAGAUAUCUACCUCAUCGUCUUUGGCGCUUUUUGUGCUCUUUUCAUCCUCCGUCAUGCUUUGCAAGUAGUCUGCCACAAGAGGCUCAAGUCGCCAGGAGAACCCGUCGCUGCUGUCUUUAGAUGUUUGCAAGUCUCGGUGCUCGAUCGACCACUCGCUUUCGGCCUGACGAUCCAGAGAAUGGCAUUUCUGCUAUGUGUGCUUGCCCUCAAUGUUGUCUUUGCCGUCAUCAAUGACGUGACGCCAGGCAACCAGACGAGCACGCUGCGCAACAUCGCAAAGGCAUUCGGGCGCGCCUGCUUUGUGAAUCUGCCUAUCAUCUACAUGCUUGCGGGUCGCAACAACCUACUCGGUCUAUUGACUGGUUUGAGCUAUCAAUCCCUGCGGUGGUCUCACUAUGCGCUCUCGUUCAUGGUCGUCAUCUUUGCCCUGCUGCACUCGAUCAUCUACUCGUUCGUCUUUCUGCGCGGCGGUCAAGCUGCUUAUCGCUCCACUAUGGCCGAACCUUUCGUCAUUUGGGGCGCCAUCGCCAUCACCGCCUUUACGGUCAUGAGCGCUGUUGCAGUCAUUCGCCAUUACGCUUACGAAGUCCAUCUAAUCGUGCACGUUAUUAGCGCAGCGCUCAUCAUACCAGCCCUUCUGCUGCAUCUACCAGACUUGGCACCAUUUGUAUGGGCAGCUCUAGCAGUCUGGAUGUUCGAUCGCACCAUUCGUUUACUACGCGUGCUUCUCAUUCAUGCUAUAUUGCCCUUUUGGAAGCAUGGCAAGCUCGGCUUUGUUGAGGCAAAAGUGACGCCCUCGAAUGACGCGGUUCUCGUCAGCAUACCCACUGCCGUUGGCUGGCAGCCUGGCAGUCAUGUGUACUUGCAAUUCUGGACUCAGCACAACAUCAAACGCGUCUGGCUACUUCCACAGUGGCACCCGUUCUCUAUAGCAAACGCAGAGGAGCAUCUCGUCGAGGGCCAAAGGAGCAUGCUGUUUGUCAUCAAGAUACACGAUCACGCAACGAAGCGUCUCUGGCAAUCUGCCAUCGAGGCUGACAAAGGCAGUCUUCGCGUUCCUGUGCUGAUCGAGGGUCCCUACGCGCCCAAUCUCGAUGCACCUUGUCAGACCCUCGUGCUGUGCGCAGCAGGUUCUGGUAUCACGCACAUCAUGCCAUAUCUGACCGAAGCGCUCACGUCAGGUCCUCGUAAGAUCAUCUUCCAUUGGACGCUGCGCAACGUCGAACAUGUAGCCUGGGUUGCUGAUCAACUCUUGCCCAUCAUGCGACGACUGAAAGAAGAGGGCAAAGAGACACUCAGACUCCAGCUCAACUUGACGGACAGCUUGCGACGUUCAAGCUUCGACGAGACGAGCUCCACUGGUUGUCUGAACCGCACAUUGACGUCGGGCACUUUGCCGAUCAAUUCCGGAUCCGCUGUCGAGGAGAUACUGCUCGCCUUUGACGUUCGAGAAGGACGUCCAGACUACGUCGCUAUGCUUCAAGAUGCUCUCGACUCGACCAGUGAUAGAGCGAGACUGAGUGUUCAAGUGUGUGGUCCCAGCAAGAUGAUGCGACAGGUUCGCGUUGCAGCUGCUCAAGUUUCUGAUAUGAAGAAAGUGAUGAAAGUGAAAAGUAUAGCUGCGGCUGGGCGACGGCUGCCGCAGGCUGACUUGAGACUCAGCAAGAUGAGGGUAGAGCAAUGCGCCUUCUCGGGCUACAAGAUCUACCCGGGCACGGGCAAGCUAUACGUCCGCAUUGACAGCAAGGUCUUCCGCUUCAAGGACUCAAAGUCAGAGUCGCUCUUCCUGCAACGAAAGAAUCCUCGCAAGAUCGCAUGGACUGUCGUCUUCCGUCGAGCGCACAAGAAGGGUAUCACGGAGGAAGUCGCGAAGAAGCGCAGCCGCAAGACUGUCAAGCACCAGCGAGGCAUCGUCGGCGCCGAUCUGACUAGCAUUCUCGCCAAGAGAAAUCAGAAGCCGGAAGUGCGAGACGCAGCGCGACAGGCGGCCAUCAAGGCUAGCAAGGAUGCCAAGAAGGCACAGGCAGAGAAGAAACAAGCAGCCAAGGUGUGUCGGCACUCAUGCGCAGUUAAGCAAGGUGGCUGA